UUAUAAUUGUGUAAAAUAUUUAGGGGACAUAUUGUGAAAUAGAGCGGAUCACAUGACAAGUCUGUAAAAACUUUACCCUUUUAAAUGUCUGGCAAGCUGUUAACAAUUUAUACACCUUUUAUUUUGAAAGGAAUGUUGCCGGAAGUUGGGCUUCCUGUUCGGGCAACUUGAAAGUACGUGUUUUCCUUGUCAUAAACAUGGAUGUGAGUCAGAUAAUCGAUCCUCUUGUUUGUCUGUGCUAUCAUGAGAUGCAGCAUCAGCCUCUGAAAACACUGAAGGAAAACUUCACCUUGAGACGUUCACCGGAAAUUUGAAAAUACGGCGGUUAGUUUUUCUCGGGUAAAGAGAAGCUAAGCCCACCGAGGAAGUGAGUCCCUCCUUUUGUCUCCAACGGCUGUGUUGUUUUUCUUUACCGUGUCAACAUGGACAUGUACGGAUACAGCGGGGUCUUCUUGGUGAAACGGUUCUUGGAUAGUUCUCCCUUUGAAGUCACAAACAUGUCCGACAUCAACAAGGCGAACCCUCACGGCUGCGAUAACGGAGCUUUGACGGACAGGUUCGGUGUCUUAAUCCAGGGACUCCUGGCCAUCGUCGCUUUCAGUACCCUGAUGUUGAAGAGGUUCCGCGAGCCUGCUGGGAUCAGACGACCAUGGAGGAUCUGGUUUUUCGACACGUCCAAACAGGCCAUUGGUGCUCUGUUCAUCCACUUUGCCAAUGUCUUCCUGUCCACGCUCACCAAAGAAGACCCGUGCUCCCUGUAUCUGAUGAACUUCCUGCUAGACGCCACGCUAGGGAUGCUGGUCAUCUGGCUGGCCGUCAAGUUGGUGUCCAAGCUGGUGGAGUACAAGCAGUGGACGCUGCUGAUGUUUGGAGAAUAUGGUGAUCCUCCUCAGGCAGCAGCGUGGCUGGGUCAAUGCGGCAUCUACCUGCUCAUCAUGGUGCUGGAGAAAGGUGUGAUCAGCCUGGUUCUGCUUGUCCCCGGAUGGUCCAAACUGCAGGAGGUGUUGCUGAGCUACAUUGCAAACCCUCAGCUGGAGCUGGUGCUGGUUAUGCUCAUCGUGCCCUUCAUAGUCAAUUCCAUCAUGUUCUGGGUGGUGGACAGCCUGAUGAUGAGGAAGUACAAGACGAUGAAGAGCCUGGACGACUCCUGCGACAGCUCGGUGAAGAAAGCUGACUCGCUGCCCUGGAUGAACAACGAGGAGUCACGGGUCCUGCUGACCGUUGAGACAGACACAGACGAGGCUUCAGAGGGAGAAGAGGAGCCUGGCGAUGUGGGACCAGUCCCCCAAGUGCAUUACUCGGGAGGACCGCUGAGACCCAGCUGGGUGGUGGUGUAAACCCAGGUGACGUGACCUCCUACUCAUCUAUCCACUGUCCACUCACACUAUACAAAACACCCUUAGUAGCCUGAAUACGGACGAAAACAAACAAAAAAACCUUGCAUCCUUAUCUCCUCUGAUUAAAGGUCUAAAUAUCAGCUUCUUUGCAAGCACAAUUUAAAGGUCAUAUAACCUGUGAAUGUGAACACUACAGCCAUAGCUGCCUUCUUCUGCACUGAAGGUGUGAAUAGCUACAACCAGAGCUUGACUCAGUAUAUGCAUGUUAAUCAAAUAGCAUUUUGGGAGUUAGAAGCUCUUUAUCCUCUCACCUUGCUGCCUCUGUUUGCUGCAAGAGAGAACAUCAGAGUAACCACAACUGAGCGCGUGGGGAGAGGGAUUAUUAAGGAGUGCAGCACCCGCAGGGUGAAAUGUACGGGUGGUAGUGACAAAGACUGAAAUAUAUCUGUCUUUCUUCACACUGGGGACUUUUGGGAAUGAUGUUGCUGUAAAGGAGAGUCGUUUAUCAUGUAUCAUAUUCCAAAGAGGAGCAAACCAGUGAAGUAUAUAUACAUAGAUAUAUAAAAGUGCUCUAAAACUUUACUCUUUCAAAUAUAAUCACAUCCACCUUUUUAAUUAAGGUGGAAUUAUAAUCAUUCCUGUGUGUUCUCCCUCUGGCUGCUUACUUUCAGUUGGAAGGAUGAUCAGUGGUGUUUUUUUUUUUUUUUUGUAUUUUUUUAAAAACACACACAUGUUGAUUCACUGUCUCCCGCGACCUUGACAAACCAAACAUGUUGUUAAUGUGAUUAUAUGGAGAAGUUUUACUCCUUUUGCAACAGGCUGCUUUUAAAGUGAACAUAUGUGGCUGGAAAAGUGGUUCAUGCCGUGACUGAAAAGGAUCAGGUCACAGUAUAUUUCCACAGUGAUGUUCAUAUUAGUGAUAUGGGAUGGAAUAUUAGAGCCACUGUUGGGGUACAAUAAAGUUGUAAUUUUAUGAGAAAAAGUGCUAAUGUUGAGGAAAAACUUUAUGAUAUUAAAAAGUAAUAAUUUAUAAGAAAACAUGAGAAAAAUUCUGAGAGUAGGAAUAAUAUUUUGAGAAAAACAUUUAGUCUUAAGUUUUGCGAGAAAAACAUCAUAAGUUUGAUUCUCUCCAGGGAAUAGUUACACAUUUUGGCUUUCUUGCCGAGAGUUAGAUGAGAAAAUUGAUACAACCUAUGUAGCUAGAACCAGGAGACAGUUAGCUUAGCUUAGCAUAAAGACUGGAAAUGGGAAAACAAGUAAUGUGGCUCUGUCCAAAGGUAACAAAAUCCACCUGCUAGGUCUAAAGCUCACUAAUUAAUACACCAGUGUGAAAAGGGCACAGUGUGAUGUCAUGGAGAGAGUAUAUGGGCAGCUAUUUUUUAGCCGGGUGUAGUGACUUCCUGGACUUCCUACCUUUGGACAGAGCUGUUUUCAGUCUUUAUGCUAAGCUAAGCUAAACUAAUCAUCUCUUGGCUGUAGCCUCACAUGGCGUACAGAUUCAACUUUGGGCAAAAAGGGAAUAAACAUUUUUCAAAAUGGGAAACUAUUAUUUUAAAUUACUUUGUCUGGUAAGAAUGGCCAUUUUGAUUGGCAGUGUUUUUCAAAAUAAGACAUCCUUUUUCCUCAAAAUGUUACGACUUAAUUCUUCUCAUGAGUUUUUUUUAUCUUUAGAUUAAGAAUAGCUUUAUUUUGUCAAUAUUAAUACAGUAUUUAUUCUCAUAACAUCAAUAUUUCAUGUCACAAUAUUACAACUCUCCACUCAGAAUCUUAUUUUUUCUCUUAAGAAUGGUCCUAAUCAUAGUAAUACCCUCUGUGGGAAGAUGCAGCAGCUGUUUGCAAGUUAUGGCACAAUUUUAUUUAUUCUGUUUAUAUUUUACAUGUAUCUGACUUUAUAUAAUUGUGGUCCAAUCUGUGGUAACAACAGUGGAAUAGAAGGUUUUUAUUGUGUGAUGUAAAUGGAAGAAUUUUCAGAAUAAUUGCCAAACUUCAGUUUUUUAUUCAGUAUGAAUUAAAGUAGGUGAUCGAUGUAUGUGUCUUUAUAUAUUCAGCAAUUUAUUAUCAAAACAUUUCCAUUUUACUUGUUUACAUUAAUGGUUUAAGAGCUGGAAGCUUUGACAUAUUCCGUCUAUAAUGUUUUGUUUUGUAUUCCGAUGUAGCUUGUGUAUUUGUUUUUUGAUAAAUCAAAUUACAGACAUGUGGAUGAAAUGGCACAGCAAGUCCUCAAGUAUCAUCAACGGGCUGUAAACUGCCACGGUGCUUCUUACCGAAUGUAUCUCUUUAAUCUGUACUAUGAAUAAAGAUGAUUGACACAUGAA